GCGAAGACCUCUGCCUGUGACAACGGGUGGCCCACCCGGAUAAUCAUCACACACUGCAAUUCCUUGUCUGAACGUUGGAAAAGCUGAGUCACCGCCAGGAUUUGUGAACCCAAAUUCUGAGUUCUUUAACUGGGAGCGAUACGGUCCUUAAAAGUGGAACUCUCUGAAAAUACUUUGGUUUACUUUGAAGAAGGCUUUGCCGUAGGGAAGUACUGCUUGUCGGGGCAUCCAACCUUGCCAUGCAACGUGCUCAAGUUCAAAUCCACCACUAUCAUGUUAGACUGCGGACUGGAUAUGACAUCUACCCUCAAUUUCCUCCCGCUGCCACUGGUUCAGAGUCCCAGGCUGUCCAAACUCCCUGGCUGGGUUUUAAAAGAUGGAAACACUUUCCUAGACAAGGAACUAAAGGAAUGUUCUGGCCAUGUGUUUGUAGACUCUGUACCUGAAUUCUGUUUGCCGGAGACUGAGCUGCUAGACCUGUCUACGGUAGAUGUCAUCCUGAUCUCAAACUAUCACUGUAUGAUGGCACUGCCCUACAUCACAGAGUAUACUGGAUUCACUGGGACGGUGUAUGCCACUGAGCCCACUGUUCAGAUUGGCAGACUUCUCAUGGAAGAGCUGGUGAAUUUUAUUGAACGUGUGCCAAAGGCUCAGUCUGCCUCCUUGUGGAAGAAUAAGGAAGUGCAGCGGCUGCUGCCUGCCCCUCUGAAAGAUGCAGUGGAGGUGUCUACGUGGAGGAGGUGUUACACCAUGCCCGAAGUGAACUCUGCACUCAGCAAGAUUCAGCUGGUGGGGUAUUCUCAGAAAAUUGAGCUGUUUGGUGCUGUGCAGGUUACUCCUCUCAGUUCCGGCUAUGCGCUUGGAAGCUCCAACUGGAUUAUACAAUCACAUUAUGAAAAGGUGUCCUAUGUUUCGGGCUCCUCGCUGCUCACAACACACCCGCAGGCCAUGGACCAGGCUUCUCUUAAAAACAGCGAUGUUCUCAUUCUGACAGGGCUUACCCAGAUUCCCACCGCCAACCCAGACGGCAUGGUGGGGGAGUUCUGCAGUAACCUGGCUAUGACUGUCCGGAACGGAGGAAACGUCCUGGUUCCAUGUUAUCCUUCUGGAGUGAUAUAUGACCUGCUGGAGUGUCUAUAUCAGUACAUUGACUCUGCAGGACUCUCCAAUGUCCCCUUUUACUUCAUCUCACCUGUUGCCAACAGCUCCCUGGAGUUCUCCCAGAUCUUUGCCGAGUGGCUGUGUCAUAAUAAACAGACGAAGGUGUAUCUCCCGGAACCUCCCUUUCCUCAUGCUGAGCUCAUUCAGACAAACAAACUGAAGCACUAUCCCAGUAUCCAUGGAGAUUUCAGCAAUGAUUUCAAACAGCCGUGCGUUGUGUUCACUGGACAUCCCUCCCUCAGGUUUGGGGAUGUGGUGCACUUUAUGGAGCUGUGGGGAAAAUCUAGCCUUAACACUGUUAUAUUUACGGAGCCUGACUUUUCUUAUCUGGAGGCACUGGCUCCCUAUCAACCUCUGGCUAUGAAAUGCGUUUACUGCCCCAUCGACACGAGACUGAAUUUUAUCCAGGUGUCCAAGUUACUCAAAGAAGUCCAGCCUCUCCAUGUGGUUUGUCCAGAGCAGUACACCCAGCCUCCACCCACCCAGUCCCAUCGCACAGACCUGAUGAUAGACUGCCAGCCGCCGGCAAUGUCCUACCGCCGAGCAGAGGUGCUGACUCUCCCAUUCAAGCGGCGCUACGAGAAGAUUGAAAUCAUGCCAGAACUUGCAGAUUCACUGGUGCCCUUGGAGAUUAAACCUGGCAUUUCCUUAGCAACCGUUUCUGCUGUGCUGCAUACUAAAGACAACAAGCAUGUGCUUCAGCCCCCUCCAAAACCCGCACAGCCCCCAGCCAGCAAGAAGAGAAAGCGGGUGAGUGACGACGCCCCAGAAUGCAAACCUUUAAAGCCGUUGCUGAGUGGCUCCAUUCCCAUGGACCAGUUUGUACAGACACUGGAGAAGCAUGGUUUCAGUGAUGUGAAGGUGGAGGACACAGCAAAGGGACACAUUGUGCUCUUGCAAGAGGCAGAAACCCUCAUUCAGAUAGAAGAGGAUUCAACGCACAUCAUCUGCGACAAUGACGAAACGCUCCGGGUCAAGUUGCGGGACCUGGUUCUCAAAUUCCUUCAGAAAUUCUAGCGCUUCCCCGACGGAGAUCCGGCCAGCCUCUCCUGAAUGAGGAGAGCAAAGCAGGCCUCUGAGAUGACAAAACUCCAGGGAAAAAUGGAACCGCUUCCCCUGGGGGAGAUGCAGAGAGCACCUCUCUGAUUUCAUAAACAGCCAGAAAACGUCUCCCGCGUGAGGAAAAGGGGGGAAUAUUUUAUAGAUAAUUAAUUUUAACCAACUUUUUGCAACCUUUCAAACCAAUUCCCUUGCUGUAAAUUUGGGUUUAGAGUCUCUCAGUAAGAAUUGCAAAAUAAAACACAUGCUGUAUGUUUUCACCCAGGUGAAAAUGCUCCCUAGAAACACACAGCGGGCCCGGGUUACUCUUAACACCCUGAUCGUCUGCCUGAAAAAGCUCAUUGCAGAAGUCUGCCCAUGUGGCGCUCAUUACUGGACAGGGGGUGGGAGGGGAAGGGUGUAGGUUAUUUACUUUUUACCAUCUGUGCUGUCUAUUUCCUUUUGCUCUGAUUGGCCAGUUAAACCAGUCCGUUUUAUUUUCUGAUCCUUUCUGCAUUUGCACCAUGCUGCAGUCACGUUUUCAUUUCCCGCACUGGGGUGGGGUGGGGGGAUAUUUAUCAUCACUUGAGGCCAAAUUUUUUUUUUUAAAAAGAUGGGUGCCUAAAACUAGUCUCUUGGGUUUGAAGUUAGGCCCUUAAAAAAGUGCCCUGAUUUCCCCUCCACCCUUAAAAGGUCAGUGCCCCCAACAGCUCAUGUUGAAGUCACUGGUAGUUCAGAGAAGUUGAGCUCCUUUGACCAUCAAGGUACUUAUUUGGGUGCCUAAAUAUGGACUUAACAGCAUAAGUUUAGAGGGAGUUAGGACUCCGCUCCCGUUGUGCUUAACUCUUGUAUGAUCCUUCUCAAAACCUCCCCCGUCAGCCUUAAUUUUCAGAAAUCUUGGCCUGAAAUUUUAACAAUCACGUGACCAAUUCCAUUCAUAUCCGGGUUUAUGAAACUUUUCCCUCCUGCGUGUGGGGGUCUAAACUCAAUUAACAGUGCCACGUUUGAAAGCAGCCAGUUUAUCAAAUUUCACACCAUUGUUUCCGAAUGGAAUUUUUGUCAUUAUUUGGAGUUCAAAAAAACCAUAGUAAAAAUGCCAAAGCAGGGGCAGAUGCUGUGGUUUGUCAAAGCAGGUGCUCGCCCCUACCGCCUUUGGUGCGCGUGUACGUACGUACACUUGGAAAAUACAUUCACGUUAUAGCCUGUAGGAGAUUAAAGCAGUACAGAGCAGCUCCAUAAUAAAAAGUAUUUAUUUAUGCUAGUGCAGCUUCCAAAUUGCAUUUUCUACACUUUAGAUUCAUGUUUGAUGGGCUGGAGAGGCUCCCGCAGCUACACCUUUGCUGAAUGCGUGUCACGGCAUGUGACAAAUAGUGCUAUGAAGGUGAUAAAAACUGGUUCCGGUAACAUUAAUCCUAAUAAGAGUUUACAACAUUUGCAGUAGUUCUGCUUCUUUAUCAUCCCUCUAAAAUGGGAUAAAAGAAUGGGACAUAUUUCACCUUGUAAUUAAAUCUCCAAAAAGAUUAUUCUUAACACACAAAGGCUGUGUGAUAAACUCAUCGGAGUCGGGGAGGAAAGGGAGGGAAGGAGAGUGUGUGGGGAAUACGUCCUUGAAAAUGUCUGUCAUCUGGGUAACUAAACUGUCUCUAGUGUUGAGCCCGAGGUCCACAGUGUUAUGUUUGAGACCACUAAUUUGCAUUGAUAAUAGCAGGAGAAUUUACCUGAGACUUUAAGGAGCUGGAGUCUCCAAGCUGAAGCUUUGCAUUAGUGCUUGUUGAGUCAGCCUUGCGGGAGUGUCCCCAAUCAACUGCCAGCCAGCAGACAGCCCAGCCAGAUAUUCGUUUCCCCUUGUCACUGCCUAUACUGUGAGUGAUUUAGUAUCAGGAAAUUAAAAUCAAGGUCCUGCCGUGUAAUCCCUCAAGGAAACGCCUGGGACUUCAGGAGCAACAGUAGAGCGCAGUAAUUAGCAAUACGGGGAUGUUAUUUUGGAUCCUGCUGUCACAGUGACUAAGUGCAAGCGGUGAAGGAAAUUGGUUUGCUGGGUGACGUAGAUCUUCAAAAUCCUGCUCAGUGUUGUGCUGGCGGCCACUGGAGAAGUGGAAGUCAAUUCACUGACUAGAAUGUACAUUGCGCGCUGGGAAAUUGUUCAGUGUGUCUUUAAUUACAGCCGUGUCAUGCUUUGCUCCGGAACUGGGCUCCAAUCCCCAUUUUAGGAGCUAGUAGGGUAGGGAGCAUGCUGGGGAGAAGGAGGGGGGUCUAUUCCUGAUGCUUCCACGCACUUGCCACGUGAGCUGAGGGCUGAUUAGCAGAGUCUGGGUACUUGCAACUCCCACUGACGUCAGAGCUCUGGGUGCUCAGUUACUUUGACUUUUCUUGUGCAUCCAUUUCACCACCUGCAACUCGGGGAUCACGCUACCCAGCUUUUGGUAAAGCACUUUGAGCACUUUGUAUUCAAGGUGCGGUUGGUUCA